AUGAUGUCUUCUUUCGUAGCUCGUUUGGACCCUAUAUAUCUCGUUCAUAUAUAUCUCGUUCCUCUUUCUUGCACAAAUGUGCAUUACAUAAUUGCCUUUUUUGAUUCUAUUUUAAAUUUUGUGUUCCAGGUAGAAACUGAAGUCAGCGUCAAUACUAAACAUCAGACUUUGCAAGGAGUUGCAUUUCCAGUAGCUCAGGAUGCCCUUCAGGCACUAGAAAAACUGAAAAACAAAGAGCUUAACUAUGUACAGUUGCAAAUUGAUAUGAACAAUGAAAUUAUUGUCCUAGCCAGUGCACUUCCAACUGAAUUAAAAGACUUGCCGAGAAGAAUUCCUAAGAAUUCUGCACGAUACCAUUUCUUCCUCUACAAACACUCACAUGAAGGAGACUACUUAGAAUCCAUAAUUUUUAUCUACUCUAUGCCUGGUUUUGUGUGCAGUAUACAAGAAAGGAUGCUUUAUUCAAGCUGCAAGAGUCCUCUCCUAGAAAUUGCAGAAAGGCAGCUGUGGUUACAAAUCAUUAGAAAGAUUGAAAUAGAUGAUGGAGAUGAACUAACUGCUGAAUUUCUCUAUGAAGAAGUCCAUCCCAAACAACACGCGCACAAACAAAAUUUUGCUAAGCCAAAAGGACCUGUAGGAAAAAGAGGAAUCCGAAGGUUGAUCCGAGAUCCAGUUGAAACUGAAACACCUAUUGACUAGACAUUUAUUGGGUAGAAAAGCAAAGCAGCAUAAUAGGAGGGAGUGGAAGAGUAUGAAUGCGUAUGAAUCUUUAUAAUGAACUGCAAGCAUUCUGUGUUGUUUUCCAAUGGAAAAUAAGUUACUUUCUAUUGCACUUACCUGGCUAUACCACUAUAGAUCUUAUAAGGUCCAAAGACUGUGCUUGUAGUGUAUGUGUUCAAAAGAAAAAUACAACUUUGAAGAAUAUUUUGUCCUAAAAAUCUUAACUCUUACUUUUAUAAUAGACACAUGGCUAUUCUUCAUUCUCUCUUAGUAACUUCAUAAAAUGUACUUCAAUCAUUUACCUUGUGUAUCUUAAGUAGACUAUGUCUCUAAAAAUGAUAAAGAAUAAGCCUUGCUUCUUUUCAUAAUUUCUUUGCUCCUAUUCUCCAGGCUUGUAUGUACAUUUUGUACCACAGCUAAAAUGCUUAGAGCAAGUUCCAGUAAUUUGGAAUGUACAAGACCAGUUUAUUUGCUAUAGGAAUGCAACUCUAGUUUUCAUAUAACUGAAUAACAAUGCAUUUAUUGUUUUUCUGAAAGAGCAAUUUUUUCAAAAAUUCUGACUUACAAAUUUUAUUUCUGCUUAAGGAAGAAAAUACUAUUCAUUAGGAUGAUUCUGUCAUCAAUAUGCUAUUAAAGAACACAAUACACUUUCCUAUUCUCAGUAAAUGAAUUCAGUUUCUCUACAAAAAUUGAUACUUUGUCAGUUAGUUCAACACUAUUAAGCAAGAAAAAAUGUGAGUCCUAAUGCAUUUCUAGUAUCUUAAGAAAACAAAAAAUUAUCAUUGUUUCCAAGUGUCUCAAAUUGUGAAACUAAUUGUGAUUAAGUUCAAACAAAUCCUUUGAUUCUACAGAACAUUGUUCCUGUAAGCAAUCUUUCUUAUUAGUGAUUUCCAGAUAAAGGAACAUACAUACAUGCCCAUUAAAGCCCCAAACUUAUUAUAGAGGGCCAAAUUCACAAAGUAUCCAUUCAAAAUAAAAACAUUGAUUAAUGUAAUCUUAAUGUAUGGGUUGCUUAUAGGAAGUAAUGCUCCUAUAUCCAUUGGCUUUUGCUUCCUUGUAAAUAUGCAGGUUUUAUAUUUAUUAAAUAAGCAUUUUAUAUGCAAUGAAUGUGAGAAAUGUGUAAGCUAUAUGUUUCUAGAGAUUAAUUUGUUAAUUUCAAAUUCCAAUUUCUUUUCUCUCCUUGUCCCUAUAUAAAAUGUAUAUCAAUAAAUUCAGUAAAUUGAUU